UCUAUUACUCUGGAAAUCGUUCAUUUUUUAUCGCACGUAAUUCGUGGGAUUAUUACGAGAGCAACGAUGUUUAGUGAAGAUUGCAUUAAAUUUAGUUUCGUUAAAGAUUUCUGGGAAAGUGUGUGCCGGUAAACAUAGGUGUCAACAGGGUCCCCGCAAGAUGCUAUCAAAAGUUUUAUCUGUGAUUUAGUAAAUUCACCAUGUCUACAAUGAAGAACCCUAAUUCGUCGUCUUCUAAGGCAUUGUUUUCCCACAUCAAGUACGAGCACCUGGUAGCUGGUAUAUCAGGUGGCGUGACCUCCACACUCAUACUGCACCCGUUGGAUUUAAUUAAAAUUAGAUUUGCUGUUAACGACGGCAGGACCGCAACAGUUCCUAGGUAUGAUGGGCUCAGCAGUGCAUUUGUCACUAUUGUUAAGAAGGAGGGAGUCAAAGGACUAUACAGGGGAGUCACACCGAACGUAUGGGGGUCGGGCUCCGCUUGGGGCUUCUACUUUUUAUUUUAUAACGCAAUAAAAACAUGGAUCCAAGGCGGGAACGCGCGGACGCCUCUCGGGCCAGGCCUGCAUAUGCUGGCUGCAGCCGAAGCUGGUGUCCUGUCUCUCGUCAUGACAAACCCCAUAUGGGUGGUGAAGACCCGCUUGUGUCUGCAGUAUAGUGAAGAGCAUCUGGCUGAUAAUAAGCGGUACAAAGGCAUGAUCGACGGCCUCAUGAAGAUCUAUAGGACCGAAGGCAUCAGGGGACUGUAUAGGGGUUUCGUCCCCGGCAUGUUCGGGGUGUCGCACGGCGCGCUGCAGUUCAUGACGUACGAGGAGAUGAAGAACAGGUACAACCAGUACAGGAACCUGCCGAUUGAUAUCAAAUUGACAUCAGUAGAGUACCUAACCUUCGCGGCGAUCUCGAAGCUGAUCGCUGCAGGCGCCACGUACCCCUACCAGGUGGUGCGAGCUCGCCUGCAGGACCAGCACCGCAGCUACGACGGAGCCUGGCACUGCAUCAACGAGACUUGGAGGCACGAAGGUUGGCGUGGCUUCUACAAAGGCCUCAAGCCGAGCAUAGCGCGAGUGUUGCCAGCUACAAUGAUCACGUUCUUAACUUACGAGAACGUGUCACACUAUAUGUUGAAUAGGACAACACAGUCAACUCCAACAAAGUCGCCUGAGAUUAAACUGGCUUCUUAAUUCAAAUGUUUGUUACUGGUUUGUAAUAGUUGGCUUUUUUGUUCUUUUUCUUUUUUUUUUGUUUGUGUGGGUCAGUAAAGAGGUUUGAAUUUUGUGUGAUGGUAAUACAUGACCUCUUUGGUAAAACAUAAAAUCUAUGUGUGACUGUACAUAAAAUGGUUGUAUAUUUUUUGUUAAAUUGAUACAACGGCUGGGAUUGUACUGAAAUCCUGGAAUAUAAUGACUAUUGCUGUGACAGCCUGGUAAGAAUCACUUUUUUGGGUCAAGUUCACUGGUAACUUAAACGUCUGUUUUUAUUAAAAGAACUCUUCAAAUCGAAUUAUGAACUUGAGAGUCCAUAGUAAACCGUUGUUUUAAGAGAACGGGUGAACUUGACCUUAAUACUUUAUGAAUAUUAUGCUGUAUAUAGCUCUCGUUUUGUCGUAUUAUAAAUAAGUGUGUAAGUAAAUAAGGGAAUUGUAAAACUGGCUACCGAAUACUGCUGGACUGCAAGCUAGUAGCUAAGACGUAAGUUAAAAUUAAUUAUUUUAUUAUUAUAAUGACUAUAGGUAUUGAGAAAAUAGAAUUACUGCUCCAAAAUGUAAGGUAAUAUUGAUUUCAUGUAAAAAUGCUUUCUCGUAGGUAAUUUAGAAGCCUGUUGAAAGCCUGUUGAAGCCGGUAUAUUUAUUUUGAACUAAUCUACCUCGAAAUUGAAUUAUUUUAAUCUAUUUUACUUGCCAAUAUGUUCGAUUUUCUUAUUAUUUUAUUGAUAUAAUAACUGCCCGUUUUUUGUUUUUUUUUUUUCAACUUACAUGUUAUUAUAAAACUUGAACAUGCAAAAUUAUUGUAACAAUAGUAUAAAAUCGUAUUUAACUUCCCAAAUGACUAUUAAAACAGUAGAAUAUGGUGUAUCACAAAUAAGUAGGUAAGGUAUUUUUUAUAAAAUAAUUGUGCUUAGAUUUAAAUGUGUGUAACGUGCAAGGCACGAAGCUUUUAAGUGUUUUUUUUUUCAAAAUGUUAUGAAUAAUAUUUUCGCGUUGUGGGAUAAGGAGUGACCCAUGGUUAUACACUAAUUAAUGAAGAGAUCAUUAUUUUAAGUUAGUUUAGAUACCUAAAAAUGUAUGGGUGCACUCUACUUCACCAUGGUUUUAUGAUAAGUAUUGGACGUUCUAAAAACAAGGCAUCAUUCACACCGUUUGAAUAAUCCUUUACUAAAAAAAUAGUUUUGAUUGACACUGCUACAAUGAGCUCAAAACUAUUGGUUCCAAAAAAAAAAACACUUUCCUGUUUAGUAAGUAGGUAAUUCACUCCCUUUUCUAACACUAGUGUUUUAUUGUAAUUUUAAGGUGUACUUGAAUUAAAGUCAGUACACAUAAUGAAACAGCCUGAGCGUGCUUAAAAAAAAUAGUGUAAUCAAUGCUUAAAUGUAAUCAUAUUUAGGAUGUUAUUUUACCAACGUGUUAAUCACUACAACUUGAUACGCAGAUAGUCUAGCUAGAGGCCGAGAAAGGACAGGCUUCUAACAGCAGGGAACACCUAGUAAUAAUCAAGUUUGACAAAUAAUGUAAAUGGGACUUUUCUAUGUCCUCGUAGUAUGUUUUUGUAAUGAAAGUAUAAGGUCUGAAAUAGUUCAGUGAAAGUUAUUUAAUAUGUUGGGAAAAUAACACAUUACGAUAUAAAUUAGCUGUAAACUUUUUUAUAGCUUAAGUUUAAAAUGCAGAGCACUUUUAGGUUAUUUUCUAAGGAACGCGGACUUGUGACUAAUGUUCGCGUUCCUAUACCACUUGGGCCGAAAUAUGCUGCAGUAAUUAAUACAAAAUAAGGACUUAAUAAGGUAGAACUAUGAUUGAAAUUAAUUAUAAUAGUUUUAAGGUUAGUCCUCACUUGGGUGUUUGCUAGAAAGGCUUUUGAUAAUACAGCUUGUUACUGAAUAAUUGAGAUGCAUUAUACUCACUAACACAAUCGGCAUCUUUUGGCCUUUUUAAGGAACGCGGAUUAAAGUUACACUGGGAAUAAGAUGUCUUUACAUUAUAAAGGCUAAACUUGGAAUAACGUUACUCUGUGUUCGGGAUUUGGAGUAAAAUGGAAAAUUACGAUAAAGUGAGGACUGAAACAAGAUUAUGUAGGUAGUAGGUAUGUAAUAAAUUCUAGAGUAAGUUUUCUCUCUAAAAUUGUACGAAUGCAGUUGUUUGUUUCCAUAUUUUCAAUUCAAUGAAAAUAAUUUAGUUGAAAAUUCUGUUUGUCAAUCGCAUUUAUUUACAAAAUUAUGGUUGGAAGCUGUUUGCAAAAAAGGUUAAAAUUUUGGUGUGUAUUGUAAUAAGUAAUUUUUGAAAUCUAUCGAUUAAUAAAAAAUAAUCGAUUUAUUAGGAAUAGAAUUAAUCAAUAUUAAGUAUUAGAUAUAAGUUGGGAUUGAUUUAUUUGUUAUUAAAAAUACUGUGUGUUAAAAGUAGAAAUUAGUUACAAUUUUUAUUUUUGCAAUGUCGUAGGUUCCUUUAAUCGAGAUUUGUUCAAGUAAUUUAUUUGGGUUUAUUUAUUAUUGGGAUGAAAUUUUCUGUACAAGGGAUUACUUCAAAAUUCCUUACACCGUAGAAUAUAGAUGUACAACUUAAAAUUGAUUAAUCCAAAUAAAAUUAAUAUGCCAUUUUAAUACAAAAUCUGCCGUUAUAGUUUCAGUUUUUUUAAGUAAUUUAAAUUAUAAGAACUGUUCAAAUAUUGCUGUGUAUAUUUAAUAAUGCUUAUUAUGUAUAGAUAUAAUCCGGUUAACCACGAAAAUAUAUAUAUAUAUAUAAACAAUUUGUCUGCCAUUUUGAACUUUAUGUUCUAGUAUAUAAGGUUGGUUGUAGAACCAGGCUGUGUCCACACCUAAGUAGUUCCUUUUAAGUUAUUUAAUUAAAUGCUUGUUAAUUAACACCCAAAGACAUUGUAGAUGGGUAGAAACAAUCUAAUGUUUUAAUUAUUUUAAGCAUCUUCAUGUAAAAUACUCUUAAACAUCUUGCAUCACAAAACCUUUUAUUAGUGUGAAAUGUGAAUGAUAUAAACAUUUUUCAUGUUAUGAAUAUUGUCACAAAUAUCUUACCUAUAUAAAAUUGCACACGUUUUUCUAGCACUAUAAAUAUAAACUAGGCUAUAGUUAUCGGCACGGAUAUUGAGCCCUGACCUUCACCUGCGCAGAAGCGAUUUAUUGGUUUAUUGCCUUAUGUGUACAGUCGGCAAAGCGAUCCCCACUCUUCCGCCGAGAGCUCAAUAUCCGUGCCGCUAACUAUAACACUUUCAUAAAUUCAUUGCAUUAUGUUGUAUGUGCAGUCUUCAAAAUUACAACGCCGAAAUACUGAAACGCCACACAAUAGGAUGAUUUCAAUAACGUUUGAGUGUUUCGAGGUAAAGGCGUACCUAGUUAGUUACCAUAUCACAUUUGCUAAUAUUACCUGUCAAUGCACACUGUUAUAGUAAUGUAAGUAUGUAGAUUAGUCUGUUUUUGUUUUUCAAUAAAUGGAUAGAAAAAUA